GGGAAAAACGAGAAAGACAUGUGUUGGUGCGUCUUUUUCAGAUUUUAACCUGUGCAAUUUUGAGUAUCUCAGCGACCAACUGGGUAACGACAACUGUGUGCAGGAAAGAAUAGUGCGUUUUUGUCUCGGGGUAAUUACCGUAAGCACACUUAAACCAACCGCGCCAGCAUUUAGGGUUACGUUGCUCUUGUUGAUCGAGAAUUCACAAUGCUUCGGCGACAUAGGUUUUGCUGCUUCCCUUCCAAGUCGUCGAAAUGAAUCGCAGAGGACGAGGCCUUCGUUACCGCGGUAGGCCACCUUACCGCAGGCGUGGCGGACCCGUACCUGGGACUUCGCGUGAACCGUCGUUACCUCCAAGUGAUUCUCCUCCACAUCAGUUGCUUUGUGGAAAUAACGCAUCUCCGUACGCUGGGUGGUCAGUCUACUUUCCGGGGCAAUCAUAUCUUAAGGCAACAGCAAGUGGCCUUGUGGACCGACUCCGUCUGUUGGAAAAGUUUUUCCAUAAAAACUUGGAUGACUUUGCACUGCCUGACACUGAAUUAGCGGUUGCUCGUACAUCCUAUCAAGUAGACGUGGAUGAAAUAAGGCAAGAUGACGACAUUAAGGAGGCGUGGCCUACCAUUAUAGAAGACCUCAGAAGACAACCACGAGAUGUUCUCAGUCUUUUGGGGCUGGCACUCUACGAGACAUUAAACUCUGCGAUGCACCAGUCUCCUGAGAAUGACGGGCUCCAGAUUCCUAAGGUCGACGUACGGCUAGCAGGCCUUGCACAGUUGACACCUCUCCGUGAAAUCCGGACUGCCAUCUGUGGCGAACUGGUCGCUGUUCGUGGUACAGUGGUACGUGCUAGCGAGGUUCGACCACAAUACGCCAUGAUGGGUUUCGACUGUCUGCACUGCGGUACGUCACAAGCGGUAGAGCAGCCUGCCGGUUACUUCACUCUGCCAACAAAGUGUCCAACGCGGGGCUGCCGUUCUCGCUCCUUCAAGGAAAAACCUUCGUCAGCCCUAACAAAGCUAACUGACUGGCAGUCGCUGCGGCUGCAGGAGCUCGAAGAAACACGUGAAGGGGGACGUUUGCCUCGCAUGGUAGACUGUGAGCUCUUGGGUGACCUCGUUGACUCCGCAGUACCCGGUGAUGUCGUCACCGUCGUGGGCACUGUCGACUUGUUGAGACAGGAGGGUGCCUUUUCGUCCGUGGAAGGUCCCAAGACGGCUUUCAUCUCUGCCAAUAACGUCCUGGGUGAAAAAGGACCAUCUGCUGCGAUGACAGCUGUUGGGCCUGAACUGACCACCAAAGACUACUAUGCCGUCGAAGCGAUUCAUGAAGAGCCGCAUCUUUUCAGGUUCCUGGUGAAUUCUCUAUGUCCUCCAAUCUAUGGACACGAGGUAGUGAAAGCAGGAUUGCUCCUCGCGCUCGUGGGCGGUGUACGUCGUCACGCCGAAGACCCAGACAGGGUCCCCGUUCGGGGAGAUCCCCAUGUGCUUCUGGUUGGUGACCCUGGUUUGGGAAAAUCGCAGUUAUUGCAAGCGUGCGCACGGCUGGCCCCUCGUGGUGUCUAUGUGUGCGGGAACACAUCUUCCACAGCUGGUCUCACAGUGGCGGCUGGGCGCGGUGCAGGAGGGGAGGCUUCGCUCGAGGCUGGUGCGCUCGUCCUCGCAGAUCGAGGAUGCUGUUGCAUUGAUGAGCUUGACAAGAUGGCUGGAGCUCAGGGAGCCCUUUUGGAAGCGAUGGAGCAACAGAGCAUCAGCGUUGCCAAGGCAGAACUGGCGGUAUCACUGCCUGCCAGGGCGGGGGUCAUAGCUGCAGCCAAUCCAGCAGGAGGCCACUAUCAGCGUGGACGUACCGUUGCGGAGAACCUGCGAAUGAACAACGCCUUGCUGUCGCGCUUCGACCUGGUUUUCAUCUUACUGGAUCGCUCCGACAAAGACUUGGACCGCCGUUUGUCGGAACACAUCAUGGCACUCCAUUCUGGCGGGCUCAACACAAGCAAGACAACCAACAGCCAUGCGGGAAACAGGAGUGACGUGUCUGAUGGUUCUUCCGACGUAUCCGAUAGUAGGCCGCUUGCUGAGCGUUUGCGUGGUCCCGUUGACGACCCUGUCCCUCCUGAGUUACUGAGGAAAUACAUCGCGUAUGCACGACAGUACGUUCACCCUAGUCUUUCGACGGAGUGCUCGUCAAUCCUGCGCAAGUUUUACUUGGAGCUCAGACGAACGUGUCAGGGUGAUUGCAUUCCGGUUACAACGAGACAGCUGGAAUCGCUAAUUCGACUUGUACAGGCACGAGCUCGGUUGGAGCUGCGUGAAGUUUGUACAGCGCAAGAUGCUCAAGACAUUGUUGAGAUCAUGAAACACAGCAUGGCUGACACCCUCACCAAUGAACUUGGCCAAGUAGACUUUGGCCGCUCCCAGCAUGGUUCUGGCAUGAGCAGAGCGAGCCAAGCGCGCUCUUUCAUCGCGGUUCUUACCGAAGAAGCCCGAAUGCGUCGGAAGUCUCUGUUCAGCGUGGCAGAGAUGAAGGAAAUAGCCACGAACAAAUGCGGUAUUUCGUCUGACAGGUUUCCUGGAGUCUUGGACUCCCUCAACAACCAAGGCUUCCUGCUUAGUAAGGGCAACAAGAGGUUUCAGUUGCAAACCAGCGAAUACUGACAUUUCCCCUGAAUACACCCACUGGCAGUUUUUUGUGACGGUGACUGUACUGCGAAGUUGGCCCUGCAUUAUAAUUGAACCUCUGUAUACAAUAAGGGGAUAAGUGGAAAAAUCCCAAACUGAGAAAAGGGGCCUGAUCUGAUUGUCUGUCCCAUUAGCACGCAUGCACUUCCCAUUUCUUACCCUCCUGUAGCGGGCCAAUAAAUUGCAAUAUGGUCCUAAAUUUUCCUUGGCAGGUACAUACUGGUACGUAGAUGUCACUGCAGCAAAAAUAGUGAAAAAGGGGAUAAGUCAACUUAUCCCCUUAUUGCAUACAGAGGUUCAAUUAGAGCCUGAAGUUUUGGGGAAAUAUUUUGUUCUAAAUUCGGAGGGACAAAAAAUCUGGUACAUAAAUGUGUGUUCUAAAUUCGUACGAAGUCGUGUGAAAGAACUUCCAGUAUGCCAAGUUUGGGGAGAAGUCUGGCUCAGUUGCUCAAACUAACUGUACUGGUUUGGUACAAACGGUCAUGUAACUGCAUCACCGUGUUUACUGUAAGUGUGUCCCUACGGACGUCUCGGUGAAGGUAAUUUGCCAGGUCAAAAUUGGGUUUCACCCUAAAGAGCCAACCUUCAAUUUGGGGUACAAAUUCGGGGAAGAAUCGAGUUAAACCCUAAAGCUUCAUGCUCUAAUUAUAAUGUAAGGACUGCAGCUUGUGUGAUUGAGCACUAAAGUGGUAUGGAGGAUCUUUUUGUGGAGACUAAAUGGACAGAGAAGCUAUGUGAACAACACUGCUUUCUGACAGAGGUCUAUAUGGGUGAGGAUAGGAGACUCAUUUCCAAAUCACCAUUUGUCUCCCUGGUUUCCAAACUAAGACUUGUUGUUCUGAAACAAAUGGGUGUCUUCAGCAUCUUUAACCAAAUGCUGUGUGACAUCAAUUUCACAUCGAGCAUUUCUGUGUCCUGGCUCAGCAACCAUUGAAAUUGUCAUUCUUGCAUCUACUCCCCUACUUUUAAAUAGAUACUUUGCUUAAGUAAAAUGCUGUCUCUACUUGUGACUUUAAUUGUGGUUACGUUUCUGCUUGUAAUGGUGGCGUGAGAGAUGAAAAGGAUCAAGAUGUUAUCAUGUCUUCACGGGCCAGUGUAGAAGAAAGAGAAAGUGAGAAAGAGCUGGUAGGGUGCGCCAUGCUCAUGUGAUAGUCAGAGUGGUCUGAGAAAAGCGUUCCAUUUUGGUGUCCUCUUUGCAUAGAACCCAAUCACGUUAAAGUCUGUCUGCUUAAGCUGCCGAGAAAAAGCAAAAAAUAUACUCCAUAGAAAAUGCAUAGAGAUAGAGAGCUGUUAUAUUUGAGAUGAGAGAGGGUAUUUCGACAUAAGAUAACUUUCCUUGUCACGCCGAAUGUCCCUAUGCUCAACUUUGAUACUUGUGCAGUAGCAGUAUACUUCUUGACUUCUUUGUGGCAUAUACUACAUAUUGUUCCCAGUUAUUUUGUAGUCCCUGAAUUAUACCACCUCAGCACAUUUUGCACCAAUAGCAGACCUGUGAUAUUUUCUGUAUUAAAUCACGUUACGCAUG